AUGGAUUUGAGGAUACACCUCUCCUCCCUUUUCCUCCUAGUGUACCUAAAAUGUUUCAUAGGCCACAUUUGCUUUAGUCCCGGGGUGGAAAACACAAACGGGAGCUGCUACAUACCUAGCGCUUUUAAAAAGAGGCAGUACAAGCAAACGUCUAGUAAAACCUUUGGGAAGGGAAAAGAUAACAAAUUUCAACUAAGUCUGAUUUUUAGGAAGCAAAAAGAUCAGUCCAUGAUAAGAAGCAUUCCUAGCCAUGUGCGAAAGAGAAAGAAGAAGAAAAAAAAGAAGAAAAAAAAGGCAGACGGUGAUGGCGAUGCUGGUGUUGCUGGUGGAAAGGACCAAAAGGGGGGGGAAAAAAAAGUAAACAAAAAGUUAAUGAGAAGGAGGCUGCUCAAGUUUUACAAGUUGAAGAGGAAAAACGAGGGCACUGAGGAGGACGUUUUUUCCGACAAGGCGAAGUACUCUGUGUUUGACUACGUUGAGGAUAAGCUCAGCGGUGGCAGCGGUGGCAGCGGUGAUAGCGGUGAUAGCAGUGUUAGCGGUGAUAGCAGUGUUAGCGGCGUUAGCAGUGCUAGCCGCAUUAGCAGUGUUAGCCGCGUUAGCAGUGUCAGCCAUGGGGGUGACGGCAACCAGGACGACCUCCCCUCCGCGGCACCCCCCGAGGGGCACCAAAAAGAAGAACAUGAAGGAGAAGCCGAUCUGCACACCUACAUGGAUGAUAUUCAGGGGGAGGACUCACCCGAACGGGCUGAUCUGGCUCACGGGAAAGUGUCCGUAGAAGACGUGCACGAAUAUGUCCAGAAUAAACAACUGGGAGAAAAAUACAUACUCCAGAAAGAUACCCUAAAAAAUGUUUUCGUCAAUAAGCCUCUGUUCAAUUUUUACAAUUUUUACAACUUCUUUCAAAUUGACCACGUUGAAAAGUACAAUAAAGAAAAAGUCCUAAACUUAAUUUACUAUUAUAUUUAUAAAUACAAAAACAAAAUGGACAGUCAAACAAAAUACGAGUGUGUGAACACAAAGGAUCUUGUGGAGACUUACGAGAGAAUUCCGGAUGAAAAGAAAAAAAUGAAACACUAUCUUGACUUUUACAUCGACAUGAAUAACAACAGGUACCUCUACAUGAAUAUCGACAAGAAUUACGCUUUGAAGAAAAAGGAGACGGAUGCCUUCACCGUGAGCAACAUUAACAAGGUUGACUCGAUGCACAUACACAAUUACAAGGUGGUGUGGACUAUUCGAAACGUGCAGGAGAAACUGUUUUGGAGAUUUCGCGAAAUGGGGAACAUUCCCCUGACGACUUCCGCCUUUUCCUUCGCUGGCAAGAAGUCGUUCAAGUUGAAGCUUUGGCUAGAUGGUCACAAAUCCGCCAAGAAGGGCUACGUAAGCGUCGGCCUGAAGCAACUGGAAAACUACGCACUGCUGGAGGAAUACAUUUGUCUCUCCCUUGGGGGAGUCACGAGGGGUCCAUUCCAAUACAUGUCGAGAGAAUACUACCAGGGGUGUUACAACUUCUGUAAGUUUGACGAUCUGAACAGAUCUGAGCUGCUGGACGAGGCGUCCAGGUAUUGCGGAUCCCCGUCGGAGAUGUGUCCCUCCCCAGGGUUCUUCUUCUUCGCCUCGUCGUUCUCCUCCUUGCCAGUUGUCCCAUUCGGUUUGACGCUUCCCUUAUUAAAAGAAAACUCCUCCCCUUCCUCGUCGUCGUAG